UUGUUAGUGAAACCCUAAAACCCCAUUUUCAAAAGCCUCCACUAGCCAAGAACACAAAAAAAAAACCCUAAAACCCCUUUUCCUUUAUCAUCUCCCGCCCAAAACCUAACCCUAUAAUUCUCUCCUUCAUCAUCUCCCGCUCAGAAUCCCCACUCUCUCUAUUACUUUAACAGAGAUUAUUAAAAGUUUCAGAAAUAAUGAUAAGAACCAGAGAUAAAACUCGAUAAGGCUUCAUGUGAAAUGCUAUAUGAUGCAAAAAUUGAUACGAAGAAGCCCAUCGUCGGGCCCAAUUUCUUGUACAUCAGUCACUUUUCCUCCUUGGGGAAUUCCUACUAAGAAGAAGAAAUUCACUUUCACACCAUCAUCAUCUUCAAUGGCUUCGAUUACUUUGGUCGGUGGUUUAUCAGCUACUACUGAAACAAUUUCUCUAUCAAAAAAACUUGUAUCUUCUUCUUCUUCUUCUUUUGGUCGUUUUACUUCGUCUUCUUGUCGUUGUUCACUUGAUAGUAGUAAGGGUAUUUCUCCUGUAAGGGCUUGGAUUGGUAUUAAGGAAACUCAGUAUUUAGUUUGUAGGCCUGCUUGGUUUAGUACAAAUGCGAAAGAUGGGCUCCAAGUAGUUUCUGCUGCUACAGAGGAGGGUUCUUCUACUUCGGAUUGUGUAGAGAAACCGGCAAGGGUACAGAGGAGACAAAGGAGUUCGUCUCCAAGUGGUGGUGGUUUGAUUAAUUUGCCUGGGAAUCCUGACCUUUUAACAAUUCCUGGUGUUGGUCCUAGGAAUUUGAGGAAAUUAGUGGAUAAGGGUAUUGGAGGAGUUGCUGAAUUAAAAAAACUUUACAGAGAUAAGUUUUUUGGGAAGUCGAGUGAGAAAAUGGUUGACUAUUUGCAAAGUUCGGUAGGGAUCAUUCACAAAAAUCAUGCGGAGAGCAUUACCUCAUUCAUCAAAGAGAGUGUCGAUGAAGAAGUAAAAAAGGAGAGCCCAGACUCAGAUGCUCAGCGUUCUAGGAGCAAACGUCUUACUUUCUGUGUUGAGGGAAAUAUCAGUGUUGGAAAGAGCACUUUUCUCCAGAGAAUAGCUAAUGAAACACUUGAGCUACGUGAUUUGGUUGAGGUGGUUCCAGAACCUAUUGGCAAGUGGCAGGAUAUUGGGCCUGAUCACUUUAACAUACUAGAUGCAUUCUACUCUGAGCCAGAGAGGUAUGCCUAUACCUUCCAAAAUUAUGUAUUUGUGACAAGGGUCAUGCAGGAAAGGGAAUCCUCUGGUGGGAUAAAGCCACUUAGGCUUAUGGAAAGGAGUGUUUUCAGUGACCGAAUGGUUUUUGUACGAGCUGUACAUGAAGCAAAGUGGAUGAAUGAGAUGGAGAUAAGUAUCUAUGAUUCAUGGUUUGACCCAGUUGUUUCAACUCUACCUGGACUUAUCCCGGAUGGAUUCAUUUAUCUUAGAGCAAGCCCUGACACCUGCCACAAGCGAAUGAUGGGUCGUAGGAGGUCAGAAGAAGGUGGUGUUUCAUUGGAUUAUCUGCGUGGUUUGCAUGAAAAGCAUGAAAGCUGGUUGUUUCCUGCCCAAACUGGGAACCAUGGUGUCUUAUCUGUUAGUCAGCUCCCUCUUCAUAUGGAUAGCUCCUUGCAUCCUGAUAUAAGGGAUCGUGUCUUCUAUCUGGAGGGUGAUCAUAUGCACGCAAGUAUUCAAAAGGUUCCUGCUUUGGUUCUUGACUGUGAACCUAACAUUGAUUUCAACAAAGACAUCGAUUUAAAGAGACAGUAUGCUCGGCAAGUGGCUGAAUUCUUCGCGUUCGUAAAGAAAAAGAAUGAAGCUGCCUCUCCUGUAGCUGGUGACAGUGGGAUGAUUCCAAAACAACCAGUAGUUAUACCUCAUAAAGGAUUGUGGGUACCUGGUGGGAAGCACUUUCCGGAGUCAGCCCUAGGUUCUCCAGAAUUCAGACGAGCAAUGUCGGUACUUUCAGGCUAGUUUUUCUUUUAUCUGUUCGCCAUGACGUCACCUUUUUGCCGAUAUCAAGUUCUUGGGGAAGAAAUCCAGGGAUUCAAUUGACGACUGUAAGCGCGUAGUAGUCUUGUAAAAAUUUGCGGUAGUUGUAGUUACUUGUACUAAAUGUGUUAGUGUAAAACUAAAAAGCCAGAUCCUUAAGAUGCUGAACUUUGUUUUUAAAUAUUAUAUUAGUUAGCGUCACCCAACAUUUUCUGUUAGUCAUCAGUGUUAUGUGAUUUACCUUCUUUCUUUAGCGAAAUCUAGGGAUUGAGAGUGAUUUCUUGUCUGGAUUACAUAAGUGAUACGCUGUAAAUAGGUCUUCAUCAUGGAUUCUCGUUUAUGCGUUCUGCUUUUUUACUUUUUGCCUGUAA